AUGCCAUCAAAUCAUUAUUCAUUAGCAUCAACAUCAUUUCUUUCGAGCACUAUUAAUAACAGAGAAGAGCAACAGAAACAAGUGGAGAACGACGAAGCGGAAAAUUAUAGUAUGAUUUCGAAUGAAAAUGUAUCGUCAAUGACAUAUAAAAAUAAAUUACCAAUGUGUACUCGAAUCUUACAAGAGCAACAACAACAACAACAACAACAGCACCAGCCAUCGUUGGUACUAGUUGCUGAAGAAAACGAAAUAUUCGAUACGGAUAAUAAUAGACUUCUUCUCCCUUGUUCGACACGUUCACUUAAAAGACGUACUAGUUUUUUUGAUAAAGGCCGUGAUUGGGCACGACGUUUCAUGACACUUCAUCGAGAUCGUCGUAAUACGACAUCAAACGAAAAGAUUCGUGAAACAUGUUCUCAAUUAAAUAAAACAAAAUCUCAUCAUGAAUUUUUACAUAAUCAUUCGAAAAGUUUUGAUGAAGAUGGUUAUUUAUCACCUAUGGAAAUCAAAGCUAAACUUGAUAAUAUUUCUCGAGAAAAUCAUUUAUUUCAUCAUCAAUCACUUUCGAAAUUAUCAACAAAUGCUCGACAACAAUUAAUUGUUUAUUCUCAUAGUAGUUCUGAUAUAUCCCAUCCUGUUUAUCGUUGUCAUGGUCCUAUUAUGCGAUCAUCUACACCACAAUGUACUUGCCAUCAUCAUCAACAACAACAACACCCACAGCAACAACAGCACUUAUGCACUAAAUCUUUUAUUUCAGAAUUUGAUAAAUCUCUUUCAAUUGUUGAUUACAUUGAUUUUGAUGUAUCUGAAGAAUCAUCAUCAUCAGCAUCAUUCACAUCAAAACAAAAUGAUGCUGAUGAUGAUCCACUUGAUGAUCUAAGAUAUCUAUUUGACGAUAAUAAUAAUAAUAAUAAUAAUAAACAACAAAAUGGAAGUUUUAUUCGACGUACACCACGUCGUUCAACGAAUACAUCAUCAAUAUCAGCUGAUUCUGGUUAUUGUGAUAUACCCAUGUCAUCAUCAAAAUUUAUACCUGUACAUUUAAUAUCAUGUACAUUAAUACCGGUGAAUGUUACACGAACAGACUCGAUGGAUAUACGUUGUUUAACAUGUACAUGUCCAUCAGUACCAGCAACAUAUUUUUCUAAUAAAACAGAACGUCGACGACGAAAAUCUUCUGCACAUUCAUCAGGUUCACAAUUUCAAGGAACUUAUUCUCGACAACAUCUAGAUAUAAUUGAGAAUGAGAUAAACAAUCAUUGUUCAUGUAAUAAUAAAUAUUAUUCUACAAUGACAAUAUGUCCUACAUUAUCUUUAUCCUCGCCAAUGGAAACAAAAUCUAUAACAAAAAUAGAUGUUAAUUAUAAAAAUGAUUAUUACAAUAAACAACAACAUAAAAAAUAUUUAAGAAAAAAACGAACAAAUCUUUCAAAACUCUCAACAACUGCUGAUGAUUUAACAUCUGUAAUACGUUGGUAUAGACCAAAUCUAUCAAGAGAUGCAAUGUAUCAUGUUCUUCAACAAGCUGAUUAUGGUGCAUUUAUUUUACGCAAGAGUACAACUCAUCCAGAUUGCUAUGCUCUAUCUGUUAAAGUACCAAAAUUUGCACAUGAAUCAUCUGUAGUUCAUUAUCUGAUUGAAAAAAUUACUAAUCAGCAGAAUAUUGCUAGUUAUCGUAUUAAAGGAACAAUAAAACAAUUUCCAACACUUCUUUCUUUAUUAACUCAUCAUUCAGUUAUGCCAGAAAUUUUACCAAUAACACUUAAUCUUAAUGAAAUAAGUUCUGUUUGA